AUGGCCGACGGUGCGCAGCAACGAGCUCUCACAGCGGCGUUUCCUCCGCCUCCGCCUUUCUGGAAGCACUUCACGCCUGCCAAUCUGCAAAAGCUCGAAGAGAUCAAACAAGAAGCAAGGGAAGGACAGGACCCCAAGGGCAAGAAGAAAUGGACACCCGCGGAAUUGCGGGCUCUCAAGGUGCCGCCUGAGCUUCGUUUCCUUAUACCUCCGGAAGUCCCCAGUAAUGGACACUACAGUGUUUUCGGCGAGCUCCAAAGUCUCUCGACUGCGUUGCCUUCCUUGAAAGAACAAGGAAUAGAGCAACUUUAUCCCUCUCCGCCAGCGACAGAGGCUGGCGACGAACAAUCGCUGUCGCGUCCUUCGCGCCCUCUUAACCAUGCCUAUUAUCUCUUGAAAAUUAGCAAGUCAUUGCUUUUGAACUUUCUCGAGUUUAUCGGUAUCCUUUCCGUAGCACCGGAACAAUUCGAGCCAAAGCUUGAGGAUAUGCGAAAUCUUUUCGUCAACGCGCACCAUCUUCUCAAUCUCUACAGGCCGCACCAAGCACGAGAAUCACUCAUUCUAAUGAUGGAAGAACAACUUCAGAAGACGAAGGAAGACAUAGAAGAAAUGGACCAAGUCAAGGCAAAGGUGGAGACCAUUCUGCAGCAGUUGAAGAACGAGGGCAGUGACGCAGAUGCUGCUUCUCAGUUUUCGCGGGAGAAAAUGGAGACGGACAAAGAGUUGAACAAGAAAGCCGUCGAAUAUGCUCAGCAGAUCUGGCAAUUGUUGGACGAAGAAAGCGGCACCGAUUGA